AUGGCAGUUGACUCGCCCCAAUCCGAGUUCUCAGACAAGGUCAAACGCGGCGGCAGUCCGCGUCAUCGCUGCUGUUGCACAGUUGGUCUCGGUCUCAUCCUCACUGGUGCCCUCAUCGCACUCGUUGCAAUCCUCUACGGCACCGUGAUCCCAGCCGUGCUCGACAACGUCGUCAAAGACGGAGUUGUGGUCUGCGGUGCCUCAGAUGGAGCUAAACAGAGCUACUUGGACCCGUACGGGGACUGCGACGACUGCACGCCGUACUACACCAGCUUGUACAUGAUGAACGCGACCAAUGCCGAAGCUUACCUUGCUGGAGAAGCAGACACCCUUCAGGUGCGUGAAAUGGGGCCUUACACCUAUCGUCGCCGCCAAAUCAAGCUGGACGUCAAGUUUCUGGACAACGGGAACCGGGUGAGCUACAAGGAAUACACGUACCACACGUUCAUGCCGGAAAGGAGCUGUGACGGGUGCUCGGACAACGACGAGGUCACGGCCAUGGAGUUGGCGUACAUGAGUGUCAUCGCUCAAGCUGGCGGUGAAGCGGCUUUCCUCACACGGCUGGCAAUGGGCUCCUUUGCGGCGAGGAGCAAUGCCAGUGCAGUCGAGGCGAUCGUGGCCGAGAGCGGUCCGCAGAUGAUGCGCUGGGUCAAUGGGUUGAACUCGAUGGACCCAGAGGCUAUGCGCACAGUGACCAACAAUAGUGCAGUGCUGAGCUUCCUGGCUACUGGACCAAGCGCCAUCGCGAACUUGAACCUAACGGGGUUCGCCUACAACGGACUCUUCGCCAAGCGCACGGUCUCUCAGUGGGCCCUCGGCUACCCGAGUCUGCUCGCUGGCUUGGGUCUUGGCUCGAACUACGUCCGGGUGUGUGCUGUGCAAGGUGGUCUCAAUGAGCAGUGCGCUGCCUGUGCUGACAGCACGAGCGACGAGUGUCUCGCGAUUUCGGGUCAAUGCUUCCAAUGCGCCCGUGGGGCCGGUGUCGUAGCGGUCAACGACGAGACCUGUGCUAUCAUCGAGGCAACGUACGCUGCCGCUUACGGUGCUGAGGAGGCUGCUAAGUUUGCCUCCAGCACUUGUCAGCUCUGCAACAUGCUCGGUCUGUGUGCGGCUCCGCUUCCUGGGGUCGUGGAGUCGAGUGGUCGGGACUUUUCCAAGGUAGCUCCUAAUGCGUCGAGCCUGGGUACGUACACGCUUCGCACGGGCUGUGACGAUGAGAAUCACAUCAACGAGUAUGAGCAGUACGACGGCUACAAGAUCACUGCAUUGUGGGCAGAUCUGGGUGAACGUCGUAACCCGACACUGGCAGAGAUGGCUGCGUUUGCUACGUAUGGCAACUGCGCAGCGCCUCCGUCCAACUUGACGUGCAGCCCCGUGCGUGGUAACGACGCGACCAGCAUCGCCCCUGGCGGCGUGAGUAUAACUGGCUUCGAGGACGAGAUCUCUCUGGAAGGGUUUGUAAUCUACUUCAGCCAGGGCAAGCAGAACCUGACGCUGGUUAAUCAGCAUGAAGAGGUGACGUACAAGGGCAUCACGCUGCACCGCUUUCGUCCUGCAGCGAAUGUCCUGACCGCGUCUGCUGAAAAUGCCGACAAGGGUACGGCUUACCCGGUGGAUGGCUUGCAGUCGCUGUCCUUUUCUGUGGGCUUCUUGGCGUACGUCUCAUUCCCCAUGUUCCUCUUUGGCGACGAGACGUUGACGACGAAUGUGGAGAUCACCAUGAGCGACGGCGUGCGAGUUAGUCGAGAGGCGCUGUAUGACAGUGCUGGUGCUCUGCAGAGCCAUUACUCGGACAAGUACGAGACGUUCGUCGACAUUGAAGCCGGCACGGGCAAGACCAUGCGCGCGUACAAGCGGAUCAUGGCCUCGUACGCUCUCUCGGCCUCGUCUCUGAACAGCUCCUUAGCUAUGAGCGACGUACUGUAUCCAGCACUGCAAACGGAGGUCGUGAUUCCAGUCUUCUGGGGCCAGGAAGGAUCGGCUAUCACGGAUUCGAACGUGGAAACCUACGACUCGCUGGUUGCACUGUUCAACUCGCUUCUGCCGGUGUUCAUUGCAGGCAUUGUGCUUGGCUUGGGAUUCGUGGGUACCGGAGUCUUUUUCCUGCGUCGACCUCGGCAUCGCGCUGAUAAGGCGUGA